AUGAAUAAGUGUGUUAUUAAUGAUGAUGGUGUUUAUAUUGAUGAUCAUCAUGCUUCUUGUGCGCAUAAUCAAGAAAAUUUCAUAGAUAAAAACAAACCAACAUUUCUAUUUGUUAAUGCUCGAAAAGCAACAACAAAUGGAUCAAUUGGUCGUAAUUCAAAUGAUGAUACAACACCAAAUAGUGUUAAUUAUGUUGAAUAA